GUUUCCUUCUACCUCAACUAUUCCAUUCUUUAUUUCUGCAUUAUUCAUUUCUUCGCUGGCCUCACUCUCUCACAGCUGCGGACGGUGCUUCUAACGGCCUCUUCAUCCAUUCUAGAGAGAGAAACUCUUUUUCAUCUCUCUCAUCACCAUGGUCGAUGAAGAACCAAUGCCUACUCGCUGGUCUUUCCAGGAGUUCAAAACGUAUUAUGAUAUUAGGCUUGGUAGGAAGAAACCGGUGGAGAAUGGUGAGACUGCUGAUAAAGCGGUUAGUAAUGGAAAUUCUUCUGGUAUAGCAUCUAAUGGCAAUUUUAAUGUCAAAAUAACACCAGAUAAGGCUAUUUAUGAGCAGUUCCAAAGCCAGGGGCGGAAUCCAGUGCAUGCAAAUGGUUUUGCACCAAACAUUAUUAAUGAAAAGCCGCCCAAGUCUUUGCUUCCACCUUUGGAGUCUGCUGAAAUGCGUACUUUAGCAGAGAGCUUAAGUAGGGAUAUUAUUCGUGGGAAUCCAAAUGUGAAAUGGGAAAGCAUCAAGGGGUUAGAGAAUGCCAAACGUUUAUUGAAAGAAGCUGUAGUGAUGCCGAUUAAAUAUCCCAAGUACUUUACUGGUUUGUUAUCACCAUGGAAGGGCAUUCUUCUUUUUGGCCCCCCGGGGACGGGAAAGACAAUGCUUGCUAAGGCAGUUGCAACAGAGUGCAAUACUACAUUUUUUAAUAUUUCAGCAUCGUCUGUUGUCAGCAAAUGGCGAGGUGAUUCGGAGAAGUUAGUUAAAGUGUUAUUUGAGCUUGCAAGGCAUCAUGCGCCUGCAACAAUAUUUCUUGACGAAAUUGAUGCAAUCAUUAGUCAGCGUGGUGAGGCACGCAGUGAACACGAAGCAAGUAGACGGUUAAAAACUGAAUUACUCAUUCAGAUGGAUGGUUUAACACGGACGGAUGAACUUGUUUUUGUUUUGGCGGCAACUAAUCUUCCCUGGGAAUUGGAUGCAGCCAUGCUUAGACGUCUUGAGAAGCGAAUCCUUGUACCACUUCCAGAACCUGAAGCAAGAAGAUCAAUGUUUGAGGAACUCCUUCCUCGGCAGCCUGAUGAGGAACAGAUUCCCUAUGAUUUACUCGUGGACCGGACAGAAGGUUAUUCAGGCUCGGAUAUCCGCCUACUUUGUAAAGAAACGGCAAUGCAGCCAUUGAGACGCUUAAUGUCACAACUUGAACAGGAACAAAAUGUGGUGCCUGAAGAAGAGUUGCCAAAAGUUGGACCAGUCAGGCCUGAAGAUGUCGAGGCAGCUUUAAGGAACACACGGCCAUCUGCUCAUCUCCUUGCCCACAAAUACGACAAGUUUAAUGCUGAUUAUGGUAGUCAAAUACUUCAAUGAACUGAUAUAGUUGUUACUGUCACGUGGUCUAUGAUUUGGUUGCCAUGAAAUCGCUGUCGCACAAUUAGGAAACAUAAAAUAUUAUGUUGGAUAGAAUGAUGUUUGUUUGCAGAUUUUCUUUGAUAUGUUUUUCACCCUCUUCUAUAUAUGAGCGACCAUGUCCCUUUAACGUUUUUCAAAUGGUUGAGAUAGUUUACAUUCCUUAGUUUGUGCUUCUGCAGCAGAACAAUAAUAUUAUAACUUUUAUGCAACAUUAUAUUUGAUUUUA